AUGACUUCCAAGAUUGUCACUCUCCACGCCCGUGAGAUCAUAGACUCUCGUGGUAAUCCUACCGUCGAGGUCGACCUGACCACCGACAGAGGCAUGUUCCGCGCUGCCGUGCCCUCUGGGGCCUCUACCGGGGUCUACGAGGCUCUCGAGCUCAGGGACGGCGAUAAGACUAGGUAUCUCGGUAAAGGUGUCCAGAAGGCUAUCAAAAAUGUCAACGACAUCAUCGCCCCCGCUCUCAUCGGCAAGGACGUCACCGAUCAGGCUGGUAUCGAUAAGUUUAUGGUUGAGGAGUUGGACAGUACUCAGAACGAGUGGGGCUGGUGCAAGGCCAAGCUCGGUGCCAACGCCAUCCUUGCUGUUUCCAUGGCCGUCUGCCGUGCCGGUGCUGCUGCUAAAAACAUCCCGUUAUAUAAGCACAUUGCCGACAUCGGGGGAAAACGCUCCGAUCAAUUCACGAUGCCUGUCCCUUCCUUCAAUGUCAUCAACGGUGGUUCCCAUGCAGGCAACCGCCUUGCUUGUCAAGAAUUCAUGAUCCUUCCUGUCGGAGCCACCUCGUUCAAACACGCCAUGCAGAUCGGAGCCGAAGUCUAUCACAGCCUCAAGAAAGUCAUCAAGGCCAAGUACGGCCAGGACGCCACUAAUGUUGGUGACGAAGGCGGAUUCGCCGUGCCUGUACAGGACAACAACGAGGCCUUGGAUGUGCUCAUGGCGGCUAUUAGAGAUGCUGGUCACGAGGAUACUGUCAAAUUGGGCACCGAUGUCGCAGCUUCAGAAUUUUAUGUCGCUGAAAACGGCAAAUAUGAUCUCGAUUUCAAGAACCCAAAUAAGGACAGUUCCCAACAAAAGACCGCGGCUGAGAUGAUCGAAUAUUACGGAAAUUGGUUCAACUCGUAUCCGUUCGUAUCUAUUGAAGAUCCUUUCGACCAAGACGACUGGUCUGCUUACACCAAGUUCGAGGCUGAGUGCGGCAAACAGGUCCAGAUAGUCGGGGAUGAUCUCCUCGUUACCAAUCCUAAGCGUGUCAAGAAGGCUAUUGAUGAGAAGGCCUGCAAUGCACUGCUCUUGAAAGUUAACCAAAUCGGCUCCGUUACAGAGGCCAUUGAGGCUAGUAACAUGGCGGCAGCCCAAGGUUGGGGAGUGAUGGUCUCUCAUCGUUCAGGAGAGACCGAGGACACCUUUAUCGCCGAUUUAGUUGUGGGAUUGGGUACCGGUGAGAUCAAGACUGGAGCGCCAUGCCGUUCAGAAAGGUUAGCUAAGUACAACCAGCUCAUGCGUAUUGAGGAGGAGCUUGGUACGGCCGCUGUGUAUGCUGGGAAAAACUUCCGCAAUGCUGCAUAG